AAAAUGCAUUAAAAUAAUGCUGAUCUAAUUAGACCUGGAUGUAGAGGAGGACAUGAUUAAUUCAAUUGGGAAUCUUUAAGAACAAUGAAAUAUCAUGAUCGUGAAUAAUAUUUGGGAUAAACAACAAUAAUUGGUUAUUUAGAUAAAGGUGGAAAAUGGAGAAAGAAAGAUUGGUAUAUUAAAUCUGAAGAUCGUAAUGGUUUAGAUUUAAAUAGUAUAUUAAUAAAAUCAUAUUGUAUUAUAGAAUUAGAUGAUGAAUUUAAAAAUGCAAAAGAAGAGGAUGAAAGAAGAAUAAGAAUAGCUUUGGGAAUAGAAUAACCAGAUGAUUAAAAAUAGAUGUAAGUAAAGUUAACUAAAGAAGAAAUUGUAUAAUUAACAAAAAAAUCAAAAAUUGAUUUUGAUGAUGAAUUAAAUAAUGAAAAGAAAGGAUUAGGAAAUGGUCCUAUGUAAAAAUAAACUAAAAAUACAGAAGCAUAAUAUUUAUUAGAAGCAUAUGGUCAUUAAGAUUAAUAUUAAGUUUAAGUAAAGAAAGAGGAAGAUGGAUGUAUUGAAAAGAAGAUCAAAAAAGAUAAAAAAAAGAAAGAAAAAAAAGAGAAGAAAAAUAAGGAAAAUAAAAAUAAAGAAGAAAAGAAACAUAAAAAACAUAAAGAUAGUGAAGAAAAAAAAGAAAGAAAAAAAAAGAAAUGA